AUGAAGGGCACCCACUUGUCUGCAGGCCUCGUUGCAGGCUCAACAGCGUCCCCUGUGAUCACGACUCUAGCGCCAGCGUCCGAUACGCCUGUCUACUCAAUGAGUCCGUCGGCUGAGUCAUUUCUCUUAUACCCUCAACUGCCAGCCGAGAUUCAAGAUGCCAUUUUGUCCAAUAUUCUCGACAACGAGCCAUCCAUGUUUGUAGAUGUUUGUCUCUGCGACAGAGUGCCCCCUAUGCCACCGAUUGCACUCGUAUCAAAGAAGAUUCGGAAGCAAGUACAGAGUAUCAUGGAGCUCAAGAGAAAUGGCUACAGCGUUGUGGAAGCAGAGCGUGACAUGACGCCUCAGACCUUGAUGAGAAGCCACGACAUGGUUCUACUUCCACCAACGUCCAUGACGAAAAGACUCGAGGGCAUCUCGCUGGCAUGUUGCGAAGAAGCCGGUCAUAUCGGAGUCCUGGUCCCAUCGCAUAGCGACAGAUGGUACCCCGAACUCUGGCCAUUGUCCACUUCCCAGCUCGAGAAGACCAGCCUCGUCGUUCAAGUACCUCCUCAAGCCGCAGUCAGUGACGCUACUCUCACUUUCAAACCGUACUUCAAGGGCUCUCUGGCGCUUGACAACAAACCCCGCGUCAUUGGCAGCUUCUUCCGCGAAGAUAAGAACGUCACCAAGAUUGUCACAGAGCACUGGUUUGAUAGCAAGUUCACCGCAAUGCCUGGAAUGUUUGCAAGUACCGGUCAGCGGGUGGACGGAAGCCGACGUUGGCAAAAUGUAAUCCUCGAAGGCCAGGCAGAUUUCGCUCCUGUCAUAUUGUUUGCACACGAGCACGUGAUAGACAGCGUGCAGCAUCUGCCUUAUCUCAGCUCCCCAUUCCCAGGCUUCCCAACAUUGAAAACAAAGGAGAGGUAUGAGGCCGAGCAUAAUGUGAACAUGCUUGUGUUGAUGACGACGGUACAGGCUGAGGGUAUGAACAAACGCGAGAAGUCAAGCGGGGCGUCUUGA